AUUGAUCGUGUCAGCGUAACCCCCAACAAACAAGGCAAAGAGGGCAGAAGAAAGGCAGUGUUGGCCGUCCAGCACCCACAACAACAUGGAAGAGCUGGCGAAGAAGACGUUAUAGGGCAGAACUCUGGUGGAAACUGUGCAGGAGCUGGCAGCGGCUGGGAAGAUCCAUCCCCAUCUGGCCAAGACUGUGAUGUACGUGCUGGGGAACAAGCUUGACCUCCCGUUCCUCAGCAACCUUCAGAUAAACGCUCGUGAGCUGGUGCAGUACCGGCGCCGCGGCCGCGUACUGGAGGUGCGGCUGCGGGACGUGAGCCUGGACCGAGUGUUCAACCACGCACGGUCCAAUUACAAGAGCUACGAGAUUUUGUCCAAAUUCGCCCACGUCACGCACCUCACCAUCUUUGCCUUCGAUUGCCAUCAAGAGAAGGAAACAGAGGCCUACCUGGGCGUGCUGAGCCAGCUGCUGGAUACAGAUGUUUCUGGGCUUAAGAAACAUUUUUUGCCACCUAUGGAGCCUGAACAAGAAACACCACCCGAGAACGUGUCUUACCUUGGAAAGCAUCUGCAAAUCCUUAGAAAAAUACCCGAGGUCUCGAUGCAGCAACCUUCCUUGAACGCAGUGGAGGUAAUGACUGAGCCUGAACACGUCACGCCCUUCGAGGACGUGCCCUGUCUUAGAAAACACCAAAAAGGCAAGAGAGGAAGACCCAGGAAGGUCUCGAGGUACCUUCCUCCCUUGGACGCAAUGGACUUGAUAACACAGCCUGAACACGUCACGCCCUUCGAGGACGUACCCUGUCUUAGAACACACCGAAAAGGCAAGAGAGGAAGACCCAGGAAGGUCUCAACGCAUCAGCCUCCUCUGAACGCAGUGGACUCAAUGAGAGACUCCAUGAUCUCCCCGCGACGAUCCCUGGUUACCCGCAGACCACGAGGACGCCCUGUCUGGAGUCAAAGACACGCUGCAGAGUCCACAGCAUACGAUGGUCUGGGGGACAUUGGCAGGAGAGGUCAGUGUAGGGGCAGGGCCGGGGACAGUGUCGCUGGAAUGACCUCUCCACAGAAUGCUCUUGCUGAGGAGAGUGUCCAGGAAGCAAAGGCAACAUUAUAAGGGUAGUACGGGGACGGUGAAGGCCAGCAGGAGGCGGCGGGGAAGACCCUCAUUGGGCCGCGGCACUAUACUGCCACAAGACACUCCAGAGACACUGCAGGAAGUGUCGUACGUCAGCCAGAGGAAGGAUGAAGCGAUUAAGUAGAGCAACGUAGCAAGAGACCUUGGCGAAGCUGGUAAGGACAAGGAGCCUGUCAACAGCUGCAGCGGCGGCGUGAUGGCUUAGAGAGCUGGCGCCACAGUCUUACAAUUAGAUAGCAUGUUUUCUCUCCUCAUUCCCUCCUUAACCCUCUUACGCACUAGUUUGUUUACUCGUGUCUGCCACAAAUUCUUGGUGCUCAUGAAGGAGAGUGAGACAGAAGCCUUGUGGAGAAAUUUUUAUUACCUCAGUUAUAUUUAGUUUGAUGACAUCACAUCUGUGUUUACAUGGUGUGUGCUCGGCCAGGCGUUACGAGUGAGAACUGUAAUCAUUCUAAUCCUAUUAUUUAUUUCUGUUUUGACUCAAUAUUUUAUGGCGGACAACAAGAUGAAGUAGUAAAUGUUUUGAAGAGUA